CUCUCCCCCAUUAAUUAAUUCUUGAGUAGCCGAUUUACGUCCCUAUAAAUACCCCUCUAAUUCUUCAUUUCUCAUCACCAAAUUCACUAACCAUUCUCUUUCCAUAGUUUUCACCACACCCCAUCUUCACUACUCUUCAGACCAAAAUGGCCACUGCUGAGGUUGAAUCAGUUCCAGCACCCGUCCCCGAGACCAUUCCAGCUGAGCAAGUGAUCGCCGCCCCGGAGAAAGAAAAGAAGGUGGAGGAGGAGCCAAGCGAGGAAGCGCCACCGAAGGAAGCAACUGAAGAAGAAGUUGCAGAGGGGGAGGAAGCCGCUGCUCCCGUAGCUGAGCCGCCGGCAGCUGCAGAGGCUGAGCCCGAGAAAGUCGUGACUGAAGAGCCAGCAUCAGAAGCGGUGGCCGAGGAGGCUCCAGCUGAAGAGCCCGUGGUGGAAAAGACCGAGGAAACAACCCCGGAGAAGGCGGCAGAGGAGCCGCCUGCUGCUGAGGAGACUCAAGAAAAGGCCACAGAGGAGACGGAGGCUCCAGCUGCGGUGGAGGAAACCGCGGCGAAAGAAGAGGCAGAGGUGGCGGAGGAAUCAGCAGGCGGCGAAGUUGCAGUGGAGAAGAGUGAGGAGUGAGGAGUGAGGAGCUGAGUUGGUUAAUUACGUUUUUAUGUGCUGUUGAGUUUGUGUUGUGUAUUGGGGUUUUAAAAAAAGCAGAAUAUAAAUAUGAGCUAGCGUCUGGAAGAGUUGGGGGGACACACACUCUAUUUGUUAUUUGCUAUCAUUAUGGUUUUGAUGGUCGGAGACUGCUGUCGUCUCAUGUAUUCUCAUCCUCAGCCUUCACCCAAUAAACUAUCAUUUCUAUUA